GCUCUCCCCGCGGCGCCCGGCAGGGGUCGCUGCCGCAGGAGGCCCGCAGGCCGGCCGGGGCGCGGGAGGCGGGGCCGCGGCGGGCUCGGAGCCGGGCCAUGGAGGAGUUUCACCCCCACAGCGACGAGAUGACCUUCAAUGCUGAGGAAGCCCACAACAUCGUUAAGGAGUGCAUAGAAGGGAUUUUGGGCAAGGUAGAUUACAAUCACAACAAAGUCAAUCAAUGGACUGCAACUAUAGUGGAGCAAUCUUUAACACAUCUGGUAAAACUAGGAAAAACAUACAAAUACAUUGUAACCUGUGCAGUGAUGCAGAAGAGCGGAGCUGGUCUGCACACAGCAAGCUCAUGCUUUUGGGAUACCACAACUGAUGGUACCUGCACAGUGAGAUGGGAAAACCGGACUAUGAACUGCAUUGUCAAUGUUUUUGCCAUUGCUGUUGUCCUGUAGCUGACUGGAGUACAAAUAUUAAGUUACACCAAAGCCUUUAAGAUCAGAAAGUAUCAAAAUCUCAAAGCAUAUUGCCAUUAUAUAAUACUGUUUGUGCACUAAAGAAAAAGGUAUGAACAUGCUGUAAAGUCCACUACACAAAGUGUACAUUCUGAGCAAAUUCUUUCAAUUUAACUUGUGACAACUGGCUUUUUUUAAGAAAAUUUUAGCAAUUUAAAUAUUCCAGAUUGAUGAUAUGUUAAACUGGAGAUGCCAUGAUACUAAUCAAAUGAAAAUAAGGAUAUUUGGGUCAAAAGAUUACAUCUGUAAUUCAAGUGAAGGUGUGACUAGCACAAGUAGGCAUACCCAUGCUUGCCUUAAUCUAGGUUGCACAAUAGUAUAGAUGUGACUGCACUGGCUAGCUGCCUAAAUACAAACCCAUGAGUGAGCCCGGGUAUGUACUCAGGUUGCUAGCCCAUACAGAAACCUGUGCCAUCAUGUCUACACUAUUGUUAUCCAUACUAGCUAGAUUUAAAAAAAACAACACAGGCAUGCCUUCCCACACUACAAUGACACCUUCACCUGCAGUAUAGACAUAGGCAAACUGAUACUUUACUCACAGAGAGAUGGAAUAAUCUAAUCAGCAGAAGGGAGAUGAAAGGAUACAAGCAUUAAGAAACAGCAAGAUUAAAAUGCAGUUGGGAACAGACUAGGAAUAUAUUACAUUUACAAUAUUCCUUGUGUUGAAUGAUAAGUAUGAGAGCCUCAUAUCUGAUUAAACAAGGCUAUUUCUGUAUUAUGCAUUGAUGCUGUAUGGACACCACAGUUAACCGAUCAAGCGUAAAAAGCCCAAACAACUUAUACAUUUAUGCUUUUCUGCCUGGGGGACAAAAUGAUUUCAUCAUGCCAAAGCAUUUAUUUCUUCAGUGUACUCUAGUCCUUUUAAAGGGUAUGAUCUUUUUUCAAAUACCAUUUGGAACGUUGUCAUUGAAUUAAGUGGAAACAUGAUUGAGUUCAUUGUUCAUUAGCACUCAGUGCCUAUGAAUACAUAUUUCUUAAGAAGAAUUCACCAAAUUAUAAAACUAGUUUAAUCUGACCUAACCUGAUUGGUUCAGUGACUAGAAGACUGUAGGAAAACUCAUGACAUGAGCACCUGGCACAUUCCUGAUCCAGUUUAAGUAGGUGUCUUUCCUAACAAAGGACCCAAUUCUACACCUGUUGACCUCAGUAGAAUUAGAGUUGGGCCUUGCUUUAAAUAACUUUGAGCAAUCAAUCAUGUAGAGCUAAAUAAAUGAGUUUGUGUAGGUACGAGAUGCCCAUGUUUUUAAAAGAGCCUUAUUCUCUCUAAGUACAAAUACAUGAUACAGAACAUAUCCUUAUAUUUAUAAAGUAUUGCCUAUACUCCAACUAUAAAAUUGUGUAAUAACUAUGGAGUAAUAAGUAUAAAAUAAUUAAAAAUUAGUGACAUAGCUAAGGCCUCCAUCUUGCAAACAUUCACACAUGCUCAGCUCACUGAUAUGAGCAAUCCUAUUGACUUACAUGAGACAUUCACAGGAUUAGUAAAAAAAUUUUGUGUAUGUAAGCAAUUGCAGGAUUGGGGUCUACAUUUUAGUCAAUGCAUAAAUUAUGUCAAUUUUGAAGUAUUUGUAUUGAUUAUAAAAAGAUCUAAGUUGUUGCUGCCAUUGAGUGGCAGCCAUUUUAAGUUCUGGCAUAUCUCAAACAACACUUAAAGAUUUUUUUCUUAUUUACUACCUAGUCUAAAGAUAUUCAAUAACUAUCUAAUAGUUGCUAUAAAUCUGCUUUGCAUUUUAACAUGGACUUUGAAAGCACUGCUUCAAUUUUAUGCAAUUCUGAUUUAUUUAUUUUUAAUUAUUUUUCACAGUCACUCUGAUUUGGUCAAAUGGCAAAUAUGUCCUUAAAAAAAAAAAAGUUAUAACAACCCUGGUUCUUCAAACUGUAUUGGAAAUUACUACAAGACUCAAAAAGUUAGAACCUACAUACAUCUAGAAUACACAAUGCUAGUUCAAAAUCCGAUGCUUGGCAGGCAUAAAUAAAAUAGAAUUCAGCCUUUAUAUGAGCACAAAUAGAGUCAAGCGCUAAAAUAUUGCAUUUGUCUAGGAGGCAGGUAUAGUGUGAAAACAUUUGCAUGGUGCACUGAAUUUCAGAUAUAUAAUAAAGUAAAUUAAGAAAGAUUAUUUGGUUUAGGGCAAGAUGUGGAUGGGUAAAAAUAUUGGGAUAGCUUCUAUCCCAUUAAUGUUAUAAGCUUUAGCUGCCAUGACUGGAAUAAAUAUUCCUAAUAGCCAUUAACUUUGUUAGUCUUUUUUGCUGUAUUUGAAGAUAAGAUAUGAAGUGAUAUCUUAUUUGGUGUAACUAGGUUUGGUGGAGUUCUACUAUGGAAAAGCUCACUAAACAAUUUUAAAAUAUUGAUUGUUGUAAAGUUACUUCAUUUUGUUUCUACCAAAAAUAAAGAUGGUUUGCCUUGGCUGCA